UGGUCAUGUGAUAUCAGUUACCAGCACCAGAGAAAGGAGCUGUCAGAAGCGGUUGAGCUACACUGUGGAGGGCACGCGGCAUGUGUCCAACAUGUCUAUGUUCUACCCGACUCUGUUACUUUGUGUGUACGGCUUCUUUGCUAACCUGCGUCCGUCGGAGCCUUUCCUCACUGCCUACCUCCUGGGACCAGACAAGAACCUGACAGAGACUCAGGUUGUUAAUGAAAUCUACCCAGUAUGGACAUAUUCCUACCUGGUGUUGCUGUUCCCCAUCUUCCUGGCUACAGACUAUCUCUGUUAUAAGCCUGUCUUGGUCUUGCAGGCGACUAGCUUAGUGGUUACCUAUGUAAUGCUCCUGAAGGCCCAGGGCAUGCUGGCCAUGCAACUCCUGGAGUUUUUCUUUGGGCUGGCCACAGCCUCAGAAGUGGCCUAUUACUCCUACAUCUACAGUGUAGUGGAGCCGACACACUACCAAAGAGUGACAAGCUACUGCCGUAGUGUCACAUUGUUUGGAUCGGCUGCUGGCUCUCUGAUUGGUCAGCUCCUCCUCUCUGUGGCAAAAGUAGAGAUGCUCCACCUUGUCAUCAUAACUUUAGCAUCAGCCUCUGUGGCGUUUGUUGCUCCCUGGUUUCUACCCAUGCCCAAGAGGAGCUUGUUUUUCCACAAGAGUUUGGAAGCGGUGGAGGAGAGGCAGCAGAGAGAAAGCAGAUCAUUGAUGGAGAACGGAGAGGACUCAGAGAGUAAAGUGCCUCUAAACAACCGAGAUGUCUCAAGUGAGGCGUCCAGGACCUCUGCGGCAGGGAAUGGUAGCAGUGGUCUUGUGGAGGUGCUACAGAUGUUGUUUACAGACUUCCUGCAGUGCUACAGUUGUCGCCCUCUGCUGGCCUGGUCACUGUGGUGGGCGCUGGCCACCUGUGGAUACUUCCAGGUCCUCAACUACGCUCAAGUACUCUGGGAGAAUAUUCGUCCACCCCAGGAAAUCUACAAUGGCUAUGUAGACACGCUAUCCACUCUGCUGGGGGCUAUGGCAGCUCUGCUGGCGGGCUAUCUGCCAGUGAGCUGGGCUGUGUGGGGGGAGCUGACUCUGUGUGUCCUUUCCCUGCUGAUGGCUCUGUGUGUAUUUGUCAUGGACACAGUGAAGAACAUUUGGCUGUGUUACAGCUCAUAUAUCCUCUUCAGAGCCACAUACAUGUUACUCAUCACUUUUGCCACAUAUCAGAUCGCAACCAGUCUCAACAUGCAGCGCUAUGCCUUGGUGUUUGGAGUAAACACUUUCAUGGCUCUGCUCCUGCAGACUCUGCUCACUGUGGUGGUGGUGGACUCGGCUGGCCUUGGCCUCAAUGUCUUCACUCAGUUCCUCAUCUAUGGCUGCUACUUUGCUGUCAUCUCCGUGGUGUUCCUCAUUUCUGGGCUUUGCAAACUGGCCUCAAGGAGGCACCCUGAGCAGGUGGUGCUGGCCAACAGCCCAGAAGAGCCGUCUGUCCUGCGAUCAGUGACACAAGCUCUUGCAGAGAGCACAUCGUGAUAGCUAUUAGCUUCUCACACAGUAAAGUUCAUGAGCACAGUGACUUCACAAGGUGAGGUUCAGUAAUCUCAUAGCCUAUGGGGUUCAUUGUGUCAAAGUAGAAGGUAGAGGCAAAAACUACUGUCUGUAGAAUGACUGUAGGUCUCUCACUGUGUCUUUGCCUUUUGCUUAGCAAAGCACUUCAUUUAUAGCCAAAGGCUUAUAACAUGUAUCUCACACAACUUUUUUCUCUAUGCAUAGUAUCUUCAUUUUCCUUCUUAUUGAAGAUGAUGCCUUAGACUUGAUAUGAACAACUAAAUCAACACUAGGAAUGAGUUCAUCAUUUCCUCUGUUACAUAAGCCACCAGCCAAAAAGACAUUUGUAUUUUUCUAUGUAUUAUUUCUUCCUGCAAUUGCAGAGAUUGUGUAUUGUACUGUCCAAAAUCUUGAUAACAAUUGAUGAGUACCGUGAAAGCUAUUACAUUGUUGACUUGCAACUUGUUACCAUGUUUGAUAUUGAUAGAUUAUUAUCAUGUUCAUUACUGCUAAGUGAUUAGUUAAGAUAUAUACACACAUACAUAUAUAUGGGUCAAAGACAAGAUGUGUAAAGUUAGUGUCCAAAGGCCAUUAAUGUAAAAUAAAAAGAUAAAUAUGUGUAAAUAUAAUAUUAAAACACUCAACCCUUCUUUUCACCCAAAAGUACAUGUGUACAGAGAUGAAUCAGUUAUUUGCUUGCAAUAUGUUUGAUUUGUUGCAUAGCCUAUGGAACAGUUAUUACUAGCCUAAGUGAAGUAUUGUGCUGAUGUACCGUAAAUUCCGGACUACAGAGUGCACCUGAUUAAAAGCUGCAUGCUCUAAUUUUAGAAAGA